AUUCAGGUCACGGAGUGAAAACACGCACUAGUACACACUCCAAACAGCCAAACACACACGCAUUACAAGGGAACAGGAUAAUGGCGACUGUGAGUGUGGUGGGGCAGCACCCGGGUCCACACAGGCUGGACUCGGAACCGCUGCUGUUCAGACUGCCCGGCAGCAGGAAGAAAAUCACCCUGCCGAGGAAAUCUUCCUGGGAGAAGAUGAUGUUCAGGAGGAGCUCGGGGAGCGGAGGGGACUGCGGCUCGGUCCCUGCUGAGGGGGAGUCUGGAAGUCACUCCUUGGCUCCGGGAGCAGCGGGAGAAGCAGCGGUGAGAGGAGGAGUGAUGCCCGGCGAUGGAUGCGGAGCUCCCGCCGCCCCUGCUGCGCCACGUAGCCCGGACCGGGAUAGACAGGAGGGCAGCACGGACUGCGACAGACUCGUCGCAGCCGGGUCUCAAGGAAGUCAGACCGGGCACAUUAACAGUGACUGCAACAGCAACAUUAACUGUGACUCAAACCGGAACACAGGUGGUCGCAGGGGGGCUUCGCUCAAGAGGUCGGGCAUCAAUGUCAUGCCAAGCGGAGCGGUUACAAAUGGACACAAAGGAGCGCACCGGCACCGAGACGCGCCACACGGGAGACGGGACAACCGGAGCGGAGACGGCGGGCACCAGAGCAUCUCCCCCUCAGACAGCGGCAGUCUCCCGCUGGAGCGGCUCACACAGGGCAGGACCGGAGUGGUCAGGCUGGCCCGCACCGAGCCUGCUCGCAGGGAGGCCUGGUCCAUCUUUCCCCGGGGAGUGGAUCCUCGGAUGAAGACCGAGAGGGGUGAAGGACACCGGUUCGAGUCCAAGCCGUGUACCCGGGACUGGUGUGACGCCUGUAGCCGUCAGAUCACUGCACAGGCACUCAAGUGUCAAAACUGUAGCUACACCUGUCACCUGGAGUGUGAGAGCCAGGUCCGGCUGGACUGCAACAAGAAGGACAGAGAGCACGAUGAAACUUCAUCUCCCAGAAGACGCAGCUCCUCCGCAACCCCUCAGGUCAAGCAGAAGGAAACAAAAGAGGAAGAGGAGAGAAGAACAAAGGAUCUAUCAGAGGAAGAGGUGCGGACAAGGAUAGAAGAAUACAACGCUCAAGUCUCUGAAAAUGGCAUGAACCUGGCUUCAGACGGAUCUUACACAGGCUUCAUUAAGGUCCACCUGAGGCUCAGUCGACCAGUCACCGUCCCCGCGGUGGAGGCGGCGGGCUCAGAGGGAGCGUCCAGGCAGACGACUGGCGGCACUCAAACACUGUCAGAGUGCCAGGAAGGAACAGACUGUGGGCAGAGCGAAAAGAGAACAUCCUUUUAUCUACCAUGUGACUGUGUGAAGCAGAUCCACAUCAGCUCUCUGACCACCACCAGCGAGGUCAUCCAGGGCCUGCUGAAGAAGUUCAUGGUGCUGGACAAUCCCCGCAAGUUUGCACUGUACAGACAGACGCACCGCGACGGACAGGAUCUGUUCCAGAAGCUUCCUCUGUGUGAGCGUCCUCUUCUGCUGAGGUUGAUCGCAGGGCCGGACCCAGAGCAGCUCAGCUUUGUCCUGAAGGAAAAUGAAACUGGAGAGGUGGAGUGGCAUGCAUUCUCUGUCCCCGAGCUACAAAACUUCCUGGUAAUCCUGGAGAAAGAGGAGUCGGAGCGCGUACGGGCAGUGGAGCAAAAAUACUCUGUGUACCGGCAGAAACUACAACAGGCCCUACAACAACAUGACCCCUGACCCCUUCACCUGUUACCUUACAACCUCAACCCAGGGAGAGACUGACCCUUUGACCCCUGACCCCCCUCAAGACCUGCGAUCUAUUCAGAGACUGGAGCCGGAGCUGAACUUGUCUCCACCCUCCACACACGCACCAAAACAUACAGUACAUCCACACACAGAUGCAUACCCUUUCUCAGGACGCAUACAAGCCCCCCCACCACCCACACAUCCACUCCCAGAGUAGAGAUUCAGGGGUUGAAAGUGACAUGAAAGGCUACAGGGUGUGUGAUCUGAAGGCUGAUUGGACGAGCAGUGUUUUCAUUGCCAGGGACACACACAGAAAGAUCAGCAACGCAAGAUCUGAAACUCCAACUUGAGAUCUCAGUUGGGACUGAUAUUAAUCAUUAGUGUUUUUAAAGAUUCCCUCUUCUUCUGCUACUGCUGCUGCUGCUACUGCAAGUGUUACUUAUGCAUGAGUCUCUCUCAGCUCAUCCCCCUGCACAUAGAAACAAACAGAAGGCAUGAUUACUUUUUGAUGGAAGGACAAUCAAACUGAGUGUUCUCUUUAUUUUUCUUUCCUCGGAAUUGAUGUUUAAGGCUAUCCCCAGAUGUGUUAUUUUGUGCUGGAAUAUAUGACUUGUGGAUUUGUGAGGAAGGUGUUGGGGUAGGUUCUACAGGCUGUGUUUUGCUUUGGAUGCAAGAACAAGAAGGAAUGGAAAGUCAAGAAGGCGAGAUCCAUUCUCUGAUUUUUCUCAGGGAGCAUGCAUUGAGCAAAGAGAAAAUUUAAAGAGGGGAAAGAGCCUAAAUUCCACCCUACAACACCCCAUUGAGCCCACUUUGUCCAAAAUCUCAGCCUUUUAAAAAGAAAAUUUGUUCCUAUUGUUUUAUUUUCCUACUUUAACGCUGCGUGAAAAGACGCUGUCAGGUGCUUUGCUGACAGAAAGCUCUUCAAUCCAACCCAGUUACCAAAACAAACCUUUCUCAGACGAUAACUGUGAUUGAAUUUUACGUCUUUAAUCCCAACAAACCUUGCAUGAACUGCUGAGUGAGGCAAUCCACAUACCAUUACAGAUUUUACACUUUAUUGUAAAAGUGAUUUCACACUGUUAUUAUUUGGGUUGCAUUUGAAUGUGAGAGGAUUUUUUUUAACACCAAAGCUUAGAGGGACGGAUCUAUAGGGUGGACUUUAAAGGAAUAGGGAAGUUUAUCAAUUUAUAGG